AGGGCUAUGGGGCACCCCCAGAACGCGAGAUCUCCCUGGUCUGUCAUCUUUAUAGAGGAGGAAGUGGACUCCCAAUCAGCCAUAGUCCAUUCGCACCGGGUACGGUGGCUCCGGGGCGGCCAGAACCAAAUGUGUCUCCUUCUGGCUUUUGCACGGCAUCACGUAACCCGCGCCAGUCCGCACAGCUGCCCUGGCCUUCGGGGAGGACUGGGGCGAGCGCAGUGCACGCUGCUAGGGAGUCCCACCGCGGGAGUUGAGGCGGCGGAUUCCGAGAGCGGGGUGGGGCUGAAUCCGGAGGGAGCCGGUGGAAGGCACUGCGCAGACGGCGCCGGCGCCCGCACUCAGCUGUUUACUAGUCUUUCUUCCAGCUCUCCCCUGAAAGUGGUCCAGGCGGCGGUCUCUUUUUCUCUGCCUUUUUGUUUCCCCCCGGCGAGUCGGCACGAGGGUGAAUUUCCGUUUCCGGCGGUGUCCAAGUGGACCUAAGGAGUCGUAGUUGUGAGCAGGUUCGGUGCCGCGGGCUGCGGUAGGCGGCGGUGGGGUCCCUGGCUCUGGGGCACUGGGAAGAUCGCGAGUCUUGCGCGUGAAAAGGUCCUUCCCCGGUCCUCCGGAUCAUCUUUGCUCCCGAGGAGCAGCAUAUUUAGCAUCUGCCGGAGGUUAGAGUUACUUGUUAUUGGUAAGUAGCCACUAUGGAGACUAAGGACCAGAAGAAACACAGAAAGAAAAACAGUGGACCAAAGCUGCAAAGAAAAAGAAGCGGCAUCUGCAGGAUCUCCAGCUAGGAGACAAAGAUGCCGGGAAGAGAAAUCCCAAAGCUUUUGCAGUUCAGUCUGCUGUUGGAUGGCUCGAUCACAGGACUAAGGAUUUGAAGACAAAAAAGCAUCAUAUUCCAAUGGUUGAUCAAACUCCACUAGAGCCCCCAUCAAUAGUGGCCAUGGUGACGGGGCCUCCGAAGUUGGAAAGAGCACUUUGAUACAAUGCCUCAUUCGGAACUUCACCCAGCAGAAGUUGACCGAGAUCACAGACCCUGUGAUGGUCGUGUCAGGUACUGAUGCUUAUAGAUGCCAGCUUUGGGUUUGAAAUAGAAACCUUUGAGUUUCUAAACAUCUGUCAAGUACAUGGCUUUCCUAAAAUUAUGGGAGUUCUCACCCACCUCGACUCCUUCAAGCAUAAUAAGAAACGAAAGAAGACAAAGAAGCGAUUAAAACACAGAUUCUGGACAGAAGUUUACCCGGGUGCCAAGGUGUUCUACCUUUCUGGAAUGGUGCAUGGAGAAUAUCAAAACCAAGAAAUCCACAAUCUGGGCCGUUUUAUUACAGUUAUGAAGUUUAGGCUUCUCACAUGGCAGGCUUCUCACCCUUAUAUCCUGGCAGACAGGAUGGAAGAUUUGACAAACCCAGAGGAUAGCCGAACAAACAUCAAAUGUGACCGGCAGGUGUCACUUUAUGGUUAUGUAAGAGGAGCACACUUGAAAAAUAAAAGCCAAAUUCACAUGGCAGGAAUAGAAGAUUUUGCCAUGCAUGACAUCAGUUUCCUCCCAGACCCUUGCGCUCUUCCUGAACAAUGAAAGAAGCGCUGUUUAAAUGAGAAGGAGAAGCUGGUUUAUGCGCCUCUUUCUGGAGUUGGGCGAGUGCUGUAUGACAAAGAUGCUGUCUAUGUUGACCUUGGUGGCAGCCAUGGUUUUCAGGCAUCGGACGAGGUGGGGCCCACCCAUGAGCUGGUCCAGAGUCUCAUCUCCACUCACUCCACCAUUGAUGCCGAGAUGGCUUCAAGUCGGGUGACGCUGUUUUCUGAUUCCAAGCCACUUGGGUCAGAGGCUAUAGAUAAUCAAGGGGAAGUCGGCUUUUUUUCUAUUUUUAAUGAAAAGAUAUACUACAGAAGAUCAUAUCACCUGUAAUUCUGCCAUCAUAACACAUUUUGGUGGGAUUCAUUCUAUGUUGUUUUGUUUUUCUUUGUGUGUGCAUAUGUCUCUGAGGGCUCUUCACUUACCUGACAUUACAAGGGAGGCUUUUCUAGAAAUAAAAUACAGGAUGCAUUUUUCAACAGACCCCAAAUGUUCCUCAAAUACCACGCCAUCUUCCAUAGGUUGCUUUCUUGUUUUUUAAGAGACCUGAAGCCACUUGGCUUUCUUUUGGUGGCCAAAACACUAGAGGAGAGUCAGGGAGUUUGUGGCUGUCCAGAAGCCACAUGCCUUGUCUCUGAAAGUUUUAUUUAGAUUAUGUUGUAUUAUCUCCCAUGGGUAGGUUUCCACUGAUGUAUGGCUUAUGUGAAUUAUUUUUCAGCCUGGGUUAAGCAUUUGUAUACCUUUGUAAUUAGUGGAUGUUUGCAAAACAUUGGUUUUGUUGUAUUGAUUUGUGACUCCCAGUAAAAUUUAUCUGAAAAUUUUGAGACAAUCGAGUAUGUAAUUUGUUACAGUGUGCAUAAACUACCUACCACAGUGCCUGAGAUAACGAGUGUUAUUAGCUAUUUUCAUUUUUGCAUAUCCUGCUAGUUGUAUACAAGAAUACUAUCUUCUAAUACAGUUACAGGUAAAAUACAUAAUUUUAUUUCUAUAUUCUGAGCAUUUUUUUUCUAUACAGUCUUUAUGUAGUCAUCCUUUUGUUGUUACCGGUGUUUUUUUGUUAUUGUGGUUUCUUUGUUUUUGUUUUUGUUUUGAGAUAAGGUCUCAC